GUGGCAACUGGUGCACAAUUACUGUCAUCAUGUUUGCUCACUCAUUGUUGUCCUCUUCUGUCUCGAGAGUCAAAAGACCAUGAUCUUUUUGUUUCCUCUCUUGGGAUUAAUGUUAAACUUCCACGUCAUGAUUCAGAUCCGAACCAUACGAAAAUGUCGAGCCACUCGUGAUCAGUUGCUGCCACGCAAGGCUCGCUUGGAAACGUCUUAUGCGUUCUCUCGCACAUUCAACUCCCGUAACAUGGAAUUCUACUGGUACCCACUGUGGUGUCAGACACUCUUCGAUCUUGUAGCAGAUGUGCCAAAUUUAAUCGUAGCACCUCAAUUUCCGGUUUGGAUUGUAAAGCAUAAUGACCAGCUUGAAGGGGCAGAUGACGGUGAUGAUCCUGAAGAGUUAGAAGAAAGGGCAGCCCAGGCAGAGGAGGAUGUUGCAGCAGGUAUCCAAGUCCCCGGUAACGACGACGAAGAAGAAGGAGACCAUGAGCCUGACUCGGAGGCCGGGGACAUUUCUUUCGCGUCGACAGUCCCGGUAAAGAACGCUGAAAGCGUUCUGGUGGAUUUUGCGAUCGUCUGUCUCACAGCUGUGCCUCAACCAGAGGAGAAGUCUCGCUAUGGUGGGUGGCGAAUAAAUUCGGCAAGUGCUUGCCUUCUCGUGGAAGUGAAGAGGUUUGUGAGCAGGAGCCUGAAGGAUGAUGAGCUUGAUGCAGAGAUUCGGGCGCAUAUUCAGGAGGCUAGGAUCGACCUGGUGAUACAAUCAGGACAUCUUUUUAUUCAAGAUAAAACCAAGGAUUCCAUCAUGGCCAUCGCCGCCGCAGGUCCAUACUGGAGUGGCACCACAAUUCAUCGUAGCGACGUUGGACGUACCAUGGACCUUGUUUCAAGCAACGACCCGAGCUAUCGACCCCCUGGUGAACAACUCAUUGACCGGAGGCCGAAGUGGAAUAAGAUUCUUCGCCUUGAUGGUGCAUCCUCCACGGUAGCUUCCGAAGCCCGCUUACGCACCGUUUACAAGAAGAUGAGGGAAAUGGGAAAUUCGAGAACGGACGCUAAGUAGUGUGAUGUUUGCUCGGGAACGUUGAUGGGAACUCCAAGUGGGCUUCGGAUCUUUUUUGACUAGAACCUCUUCAUCAUAAAGAUAAUGCUCAAUUUUAUUGUGAACUGUUUUGACAGUACUAUG